GGAAGUCCGGAUGAGGCAGGGAGGAUCGGAACGCGUGUGCCGGUGAGCGGGUGCCUCGUGCCGCGGCGAGCAGAGAUGUGCAAAGGGGGUCGAGUCAGGAAGAAUUGUCCAACCCCGCCGCUUUAGGGGGUCUGGCCACGUAUUGUAUUCGUAGUGCGAUGUCGGGCUGCUAUUUGCGUAAGGCUGCAAGCGACCAAACUGUGUGUCCGGGCUCCUGAGAGUUUCGGGACAUCGCAUUGUUGAAUGUCGCACCUCACACCCCCGAGGCUUCUUCUGUGCACACACUGCAAAUUGGGGAAUGAAUCUCGCGCGUUCUCGAUAUCCCCAAUCGGUAGUCCGCAGUUCACAUGAACGUCGAGAAUGCACACCGAUCAUCGGCGCCUCUCCGGCUGUGCCAGGGUAUUUAAGUCGCGUGUUUUGCCCAGCUCAAAGCUUACUCCCCCUUCCAUCUCUCUGUCUCACCUCCCGUCCGUGCGCAUACAUCUCGCUCAAAGUCGGCGCAUUCUGCUUCAUCAAGCCCUAUACACGGAUCAACAACCAUCUUCAGAACGCGUAUCAGAAAUCAGCAACGCACCCAUCCAUCCGCUAUUCCACUAGCCGCCCGCGAAUUUCCUUCAUCACGACUCGCCGGUGCUUAUUGUUCCACGCCGAGUCCUGUCUGUGGAGUCCCCCGCAAUUUCAUCGCAGGGUCGAUAGGGUUCAACGCGGCCGUCCGAUUGCGUUUCCUUGGCUUUGAAGUUUGCCUCCAGGUCGACGGACCCAAUUUCGGAAUUGAAAUCACAGAGUAACACCUUGCUUUAGUAAUAAUCAGGGCAAGCGUGACGAGUGACACGCCACCGUCGGCAAGCGAUUAGUCUCCGCCGCGGACUCAUCGUCUGGUACCCCAUCACAGGCUCAUCAUCAUCCACACAACCUCUGACAACUCACU